GGUCCCCUAAUUUUUCUCUUCCCUCUGCAGAACUUUGACAUGUUCAUCAGUCACUACAGCAGCGUGAGCACUCCGCCCUGCGUGCACGUCUAUAAGCUCAGCGGCUCCGACGACGACCCGCUCCACAAGCAGCCCAAGUUUUGGGCUAGCAUGAUGGAGGCAGCCAGUUGCCCCCCGGAUUACGUCCCGCCUGAGAUCUUCCACUUCCACACUCAGUCAGAUGUUGAGCUCUAUGGGAUGGUCUACAAACCUCACGAUGUCCAAGCUGGGAAGAAGCAUCCCACAGUGCUGUUUGUAUAUGGAGGCCCUCAGGUGCAGCUAGUGAAUAACUCCUUCAAAGGCAUCAAGUACUUGCGGCUAAACACGUUAGCAUCCUUAGGCUAUGCAGUGGUGGUGAUUGAUGGAAGGGGUUCCUGCCAGCGAGGACUCAAAUUUGAAGGAGCCCUGAAAAACCAGAUG